CUCUCUCCCUCGAUAGCUCUGGCUGUCGCAUUCGUGCAUGCCCACCAUGCGCCGUGUGUUAGAGCGGCACAGCCACAUAGAGCAGGCGCGUGCGCCUCGUGCCCGACGUCCGUUGUCCGUGUGUGCGUGUGUAUUCGCAUUUUCAGUAAUUUCGAAAAAAAUUUUUGUAUAUUUGAUGGCGACGGCGACUGCUUUACUCACAAGAAACUCGCGCGUUUGUCGAAAAUCGUAUCGCGUACGUAUAUAUCGGUGUGUAGAAAUUACUAAAAAAUUGUGUUGCACCUUUUUAACAGUCGUGUACAAUCUGUAUGUUGUAUAUGUUCAAUUUAAAUACAACAACAAUAGCAACAACGCAACACAGUUUUAAACAACAAACAUAAUCGACAAGCUAAUCUUGGCUAAUACAACAACCAGUACACAGUAACAACUAUAGCAAAAAAAAAUAAACAACAAUCAGCAGCGCGGCCAUAAACAAAAUUUAAUUUGGAUAUAUUAUCGCCUAUAAAACGGAUAAGCAGCAUCAACAAGAACGUGUGUAUUUCACCAAAAAUAACAAGAAAAAACCGAAGGAAAUAUUGAUAGUCGCUGCUAUUGGCGACUUUAAUAUUGGCAACCAUAUUAAAGAAUUAAAACCACAAUGCCUCCAGUAGCUCUCGUACUUGUUAAAUCCUUGGCCCUCGAAUCAGCUAAAGCCUGCCGAUUCCAAUGAGAGGAGCCUGGGCCCUGAGAAUCUGGAGUAGGCGAGUGUACAGACAUUGCUGAGCAUGAAGCAACCAGUACGGACCACUACGCAUCAUUAUCCCUCGAACAAGAAGAGAUUUUUAUCAAAAAUCAGAACAGCAGCAGCCGAAUUAGGAGCUGAGAAAACGAUAGGCGGAGGAGGAUCACCAGGAGUAGGAGUCGCAGGAGCAGGCGAAUCCAGCCGCAGAAGGAGGAGGUGGUCACCGGCCACAUAAGACUAGUCCCCCUCCCCCAACCCACUAAAGCACCCCUACCCCAAAUCUACCAUAAAAGAGGAAGCCCAAAAAAGGAGCAAACCGGAGGUAAAGAAGGAGCGCAGGAGGAGACGGAGACGGCCCGUGUGUGUGUGUGUGUAGGUGGAGUGUGAGUGUCGGCCGUCUCAGUCGGAUAACCAUCAACCCAGAUCCUCAAUCCUGAAUUCCCAGACGACCCACAUACCAAACUGAAGCACCAGAACCACCACAACAACAACCACCACCACCACAGCCACCAGCGCAAGCACCAGCACCAUGUCGUCCAAUGAGCCACCGCCUCGUUACGAGCCACCCGUGGAGCCAGUCAAUGGCAUUGUACAGCCACCGGUGAUGCCGCCAGCAGAGCGACCCGGCCGCAAUACGAACCAAUUGCAAUAUCUGAUCAAGACGGUGAUGAAGGUGAUAUGGAAGCACCACUUCUCGUGGCCCUUUCAACAGCCCGUCGAUGCCAAGAAGCUUAACCUGCCCGACUACCACAAGAUCAUCAAACAGCCUAUGGACAUGGGCACGAUCAAGAAGCGGCUGGAGAACAACUACUAUUGGUCCGCCAAGGAGACCAUACACGACUUCAACACGAUGUUCAACAAUUGCUAUGUCUACAACAAGCCCGGCGAGGAUGUCGUUGUGAUGGCCCAGACGCUCGAGAAAGUCUUCCUCCAGAAGAUCGAAUCGAUGCCCAAGGAGGAGCUUGAACUGGAGCCGGUUACGGCCAAGGGUGGCAAAAAGAAGCAACGGGCGCCGGCUACGCCCAAGUCAUCGUCAUCGUCCGGUGGCGCUGGAGCAUCCACCGGUGCUGGUACGGCCUCCUCGGCGGCGGUUAGCAGUGGAGCAGGUAGUGGCUCCACCAAAGUGUCAGCUGCCGCCUCAUCCGCGCAACAGUCCGGCCUGCAAGGAGCGACGGGAGCGGGCGGCGGUGCGGCGAGCACACCGGGUAGCCAGGCGGGUUCCGGUGCCGGAGGAGCGACUUCCGCACGACCCGUUUCCGCCAUGGGCGGCACGGUUUCAUCGACGGCCGGCGGUGCACCGUCCAUACCACCGAUUAGCACAAUGCCACCGCACACGGUACCCGGCAGCACCAAUACGACCACGACAGCGAUGGCUGGUGGCGCCGGUGGACCAGGUGCAGCGUCAGCCAACUCCAAUGCCGCCGCCCUGAUGGCCAGCCUCCUGAGUGCGGGCCAAACGGGUGCCUAUCCCGGCGCCCCCGGCCAGACGGCGGUCAAUAGCUCCUCACUUCUCGAUGGCGGUACAGCCGCAGUAGCGGCGGCAGCAGCAGCAGCGGCAGCGGCGGCAGCAGGAGCGGGCGGUGCAGCGGGAGCCGCUGGUGGAGCAGCGGGCGCAGGAGUGACAAUACCAGCCGUAGCCGUCAACGCCGCCAACGCCGUGCAGGCCUAUGUGAAUGCGGGCGUGAGUGUGGGAGUGGACGCCGUGAUACCGCCGCAGCAGCCCGCCAAAAUCAAGAAGGGAGUAAAACGGAAGGCGGACACCACCACGCCGACGGCCAAUGCCUUCGAAUCGCCGUACACGCAAAUGGACUCAAAGUCGGCCAAGAUUGCGACGCGGCGGGAGUCGAAUCGUCAGGUAAUUGGCAAGAAGGGCUCGGGAUACAAUAUGUCGCCGCUGGGCGUCUCCGGAGUGCCCGGACUUGGUGGUCUAGUUGCCGUCGGUGUUGCCGGCGUUGCGGUGGCCAAGAACAAGGAGAAGCUAUCGGAUGCGCUCAAAUCGUGCAACGAGAUCCUCAAGGAGCUCUUCUCGAAGAAGCACUCUGGCUAUGCCUGGCCCUUCUACAAGCCGGUGGACGCGGAAAUGCUUGGCCUGCACGACUACCACGACAUCAUUAAGAAGCCGAUGGAUUUGGGCACUGUCAAGCGGAAAAUGGACAAUCGCGAGUACAAGAGCGCGCCGGAAUUUGCCGCCGACGUGCGAUUAAUAUUCACCAAUUGCUACAAGUACAAUCCGCCAGACCAUGAUGUUGUGGCCAUGGGUCGCAAGCUGCAGGACGUCUUCGAGAUGCGCUACGCCAACAUCCCCGACGAGCCGGUGGCCAAUGCGGCCCACCUUCAUGGCCAUGGCCAUGGGCAUGGUCACGGUCAUGGCCACAGUCACGGGCACGGUCACGGACACGGUCAUGGCCACGGAUACGGCGGCUCCUCCUCACUCAAGCACGAUGCCAGCGAUUCGUCCAGCGAGGACUCCAGCGACACGGAGAACGAAUCCAACUCGGACGAGGAGCGCAGCGCCAAGCUGAAAAUGCUCGAGUCCAAGCUGCUCGGCCUGCAGGAGGAGAUUCGCAAGCUGUCCGAGGAGGCCUCCGCCAAGAAAAAGGCGAAGAAGAAACUCAAGGAGAAGAAGAAGUCGAUGGGCGCUGGCUCCGGCUCUGGCUCGGCCUCGCAUCAUGGUCACGCCUCGGGCGGCGGUGCCGGCGCUGGCGGAGCAGGCGGCGCCGGAUCGGGCGGCCAUGCGGGCGGAGUCUCGGUGCCGGGCGGUGUCGGCGCCCUGGGUGCCGGUGGAGCGGGCAGUGCCAGUCUCAACGCACUGCUCAGUGGAUCGCUGGUUGGCCCCGGCGGAGGAGCCAUCGCCGGCGGAGUCCCCAAUGUGGCGGCCCUGCACAGUCAGGUGCAUGACGUGGCCAUGACCUUUAACCAGCUGGCGGGCGGCGGUGCCGCGGCCGGUGGUGGCUUUGGUGGCGCCGUGACUGCAGCGGGAGCUUCGGCGGGCGGCAAGGCGGGCACCCUGGCCGGCGCUCUGGCUGCGGGUGCGGCGGCAGGCGCUGGCGGUACAACAACUGGCAGCGGCAGUGGCAGCAGUAAAGGUGCUAAGAGCAAGGGCGGACGCGGCGCCAAGGGCGGUGGCGCCGGCGGCGUUGGAGCCAGCAAUAAUGCCGCUGCGGGCAAUGCGGCAGGCGGUGCAGCGGGAGCUGCAACGGGCGCUGGAGCCAUUGGAGCUGGAGUCGGCGGUCCAGGAGCAGCGGGCGGCGGCAAUGCCUCCAAGCGGGCCAAGGGCAGCAGUUCGGCGAGCGCUGGCGGUGCUGUUGGCGGCGCGAAUGCCAGUACCGGUGGCGCCGGGGCGCGUGGCAGCAGCAAGAAGAAGCCCAGCCAGGUGAUGAACUUCGACUCCGAGGAGGAGGACACGGCCAAGCCAAUGUCGUACGAUGAGAAGCGCCAGCUGUCGCUCGACAUCAAUAAGUUGCCAGGUGACAAGCUGGGCCGUGUGGUGCACAUCAUCCAAAACCGGGAGCCAUCGCUGCGUGACUCCAAUCCCGACGAAAUUGAGAUCGACUUCGAGACGCUGAAGCCGUCGACGCUGCGCGAGCUUGAAAGCUAUGUGGCGUCGUGUUUGCGCAAAAAAACACGUAAGCCAUAUUAUAAAAAGCCUUCCGGCAAGUCGAAGGACGAGCAGAUGGCCGAGAAAAAGCAGGAGCUGGAGAAGCGCCUGCAGGACGUCACCGGUCAGCUGGGGGCAAGCAAGAAAACCGCCAAGAAAGAUGAGUCCGCUUCGAACAAGGUCGAGGCAGUGCAGCCGGCGAAUCCCGUGUCGUCGAGUUCCAGUUCCAGCGAUUCAUCGUCGUCGAGUUCGAGUGAUAGCAGUUCGAGUGACUCGAGCGACAGUGAAGCAGGUGAUGGUGACGAACGACCGCCGCGCAAGAAAAAAUCCAGAGACUCGAAUGGAAGCAAUGUAAAUAAUCCAAGCAUAAAUGUUGUCCUGGGCGGCAAUCUGGCAAGCGGCGCUCUCACGCCGACGACCAUGUUGAUGGGCCUGGAUCAUGUGGUUAACUCCAACACACCCACAUCACAAAUGUCCAACAUGCUGGGCAAUGCCAAUCCACUGACGGCAGCUGCCAUGCUAAACAACAACAACAAGACAUCGCUGCCGGGCAGCAAUUUCGGUGGGGCGCCCACUAGCGCCGCCGGCAACAUGUUGCUCGGUCCAGUUGCCGCUGGUGCAGUUUCAACAGCGACGGCGGCGGGGCAGCAACAGCAGCAGCAGCACAACAACAACAAGAACGGACCAAACGAUCUGAGCAAAGUGCCGCUGGGUGGUUCCAUCACCGCCGCCCUGCUGUCGCACAGUUUCGCCGGAGGAGCAACAGCCGGAGGAGGUGUGGCCAGCAGCAGUCAGUCGAGCGGCGGCAUUCGCAUAGCCAGCAAUCUGCACAACAAGCCCUCCGGCUUGGGUGGCGGUGAUUUGGGCGAUCAUCAUGCGGCACUGGCGGCUGCCCUGACGUCCGGCGCUCCUUCUGGCGGCAGCAACAGCAACAACAACAACAACAAUAACAACAACAACACAAAUCCACUGGGCGGUGGUGCGCAUGGGGAUGCGAUGGCCAAUGCCUCGCUGGCCUCAGGUCUCAAGCAGAUACCGCAGUUCGAUGAUCCCGUGGAGCAGUCGCUGGCCUCAUUGGAGUUCAGCGCCGGUUCCACGGGCAAGCCAUCGCUGACGGACAACUUUUUGAUGCAGCAGCAUUUGAUGCAACCCGCCGGACCCCAGCAGCAGCAGCAGCAGCAACAACCGUUUGGCCAUCAGCAACAACAACAACAGCAGCAGCAGCAGCAACAGCAGCAGCAGCAAAUGGACUAUGUGACAGAACUGUUGACCAAAGGGGCGGAGAGUGUGAGCGGCAUGAAUGGCAACCACCUGCUGAACUUCAAUCUGGACAUGGCGGCGGCGGCGUACCAGCAAAAGCAGCAGCAGCAACAGCAGCAUCAGCAGCAACAGCAGCAGCAGCAGGCGCACAACAAUGGCUUCAAUGUGGCCGACUUCGGCAUGGCCGGAUUCGAUAUGCAGGCGGCCUCAGCAUUCCUCGAUCUGGAGCACACGCUCCAGCAGCAGCAGCAGCAGAUGCAACAGCAGCAGCAAUUGCAGACACCACAGCAACAGCAGCAACAACUGCAGACGCCUCAGCAACAGCAGCAACAACAGGAGAGACAACAGCAAACGCAGCAUAUGAUUGGAAUGAGCCACCAGCAACAGUCUAGUCUGGACCUCAUACACCUGCAUCAGCAGCAACAACUGCACCAGCAACAGCAACAGCUCCACCAGCAGCUCCAACAGCAGCAGCAGGUGGCCAACAAGCUGCUGAUCAUACCCAAGCCCAUCGAAUCGAUGAUGCCCAGUCCGCCGGACAAGCAGCAGCAACAGCAGCAGCAAUUGCAGCAGCAGCAGCAGCAGCAUCAGAAGGUGUUGCCGCCGCAGCAGUCGCCCUCGGACAUGAAGGGUCAUUCGGCGGCGGCGGUGGCAGCGGCUGCGGCGGCGGCUGCAGCGGCACACGGCAAGCUGGCGCAGGCCUUUAAAGUCUCCAACGAGCAGAACCUCAAGAACGCCAGCUCGUGGUCCUCGCUGGCCUCGGCCAACUCGCCCCAGUCGCACACGUCGAGCAGCUCGAGCAGCAGCAAGGCCAAGCCGGCCAUGGACUCGUUCCAGCAGUUCCGCAACAAAGCCAAAGAACGCGACCGUCUCAAGCUGCUGGAGGCGGCCGAGAAGGAGAAGAAGAACCAAAAGGAGGCCGCCGAGAAGGAGCAGCAGCAGCGCAAGCACCACAAGUCCUCCUCCUCGUCAUCAUCCUCGUCGGCAUCCGCGGCGGCCGCCCAAGCGGCAGCAGUUGCGGCUGCAGCCGCAGCAGCAGCAGCGGCCGCGGCGGCGGCCUCAUCGGCUGUGGCCUCCAGUGCCUCGAACGCCUCGGGCGGCAGCAGUAGUGGCGGCGGCGGCGGUGCUGGUGGUGGUGGUGGUGGCGUGCCUGCCAGCAGCAACCAGUCGAUUAGUGGCGAUCGCGAGCGUGACAGGGAUCGCGAGCGGGAGCGAGAGCGUUCCGGCAGCGGCGGCGGCGGUCAGUCGGGCAAUGGGAACAACAGCAGCAACUCGGCCAACAGCAAUGGACCCGGCAGUGCGGGCAGCGGUGGCAGUGGCGGCGGCGGCGGUGGCGGCGGAGGAAGUGGCCCGGCCAGCGCCGGCGGACCAAAUAGUGGUGGCGGACCAGCGCUGCUCAAUGCCGGCAGCAAUAGCAACAGCGGUGUUGGCAGCGGCGGCGCCGCCAGCAGCAACAGCAACAGCAGCGUCGGUGGCAUCGUUGGCAGCGGCGGACCCGGUUCCAAUAGCCAGGGCAGCAGUGGCGGUGGCGGCGGCGGCGGCGGAGGAGGAGGACCGGCCAGCGGCGGCGGUGGCAUGGGCAGUGGCGCCCUCGACUACGGUCAGCAGGUGGCGGUGCUGACGGCGGCGGCGGCCAACGCGCAGGCCCAGCAUGUGGCGGCCGCUGUGGCCGCCCAGGCGAUUCUGGCCGCCUCGCCCUUGGGCGCCAUGGAGAGCGGAAGGAAAAGCGUGCACGAUGCUCAGCCGCAGAUAUCGCGGGUGGAUGACAUAAAGGCGUCACCGGGCGGACAGGGCCAGAGUUCGCCGGCCCAGCAAUCGCCACAGGAUCGGGCGGCCGCCAAGCGGGCCGAGCAGCGGCGGGCCGAGCAGGAGCGGCGCAGGCGCGAAGCGUUGGCUGGCCAAAUUGAUAUGAACAUGCAGAGCGAUCUCAUGGCUGCCUUCGAGGAGACGCUGUAGGCAAAGGCCCGGAGAAAGUCGACCAACCGGGGCAUUAGCGUCAAUGGCAAUGGCAAUGGCAAUGGCGAUGGCAUCAUCUCAACCACAACCACAACCACCACCUCAUCAUCCUCCACCACCGGCGGCCAAUCGAAGCGGCGGACAAGGCGCCAGCAACCAAGGACCACGUUGGACAACGGCUUGCAAGAGCAAGAGCAAAAGCAACACGGCUAGGACAGCAACAACGAAGACAGUUCGAAAAAUAACUGUUAGAGCAAACAAACAAACAACCAACCAACAAACAAGCAAACCAACCAACCAACCAACCAACCAACCAACCAACCAACCAACCAACCAAGCAAGCAACCAACCAACCAACAAACUAAAACAAACAGCAUAAGCUAAAACCAAUAAAGCAAUGUUCUAAGGCGUAAAUAAUAUACGUACAUUAUGUGAGAAUAUAUAUAGUGCGUAUACGAGAGGAGCGCGAGCAAAACAAAAAGGAAUAAGUGAAAACCACCAGCAAAGCAACAACCCAGAAGCAGCAAAAUACCCAGCAGCAACAAUACAACAUAACAGAAAAUAUGGCAAAUUUCCUUCGGUUAGCAAUUGAUUCUUCACACAACUUUUUUUACAAAUCACUUAUCACUUUCGAUUAUUACUGUGUAUUACCAUAACGAUGAUGAUGGAUCGUGGCGACGCGACAAGGAAGUCCGCACAUGAUUCCAAAGCUUAUUAUUUUUAAUAUUAUUGAUUGCAUAGGCAAGUUUAGUUUGUAUGUUCUAAAAGUAAUUGAUAAUGCUUAUUUUUUUUCUUAAUUAUAUACACACACCUAUGCUUAGAGUUGUUAACUAAUUUAAAAACAAAAAAAAACAAAACAAACAAAAAAAAAACCCAACAAAAAAAUGAACAAACAAAACGAAACGAAAUCAGUUCAAUGUAUCUAUCCGCAAGGGGAUGACGCAGUCGCAGUAGCAUUCGCAGUUGUCUGUACACGAAUCCAAUUAUAUAAAUUUAAAAAAAAAUAUGUCAUUUAACAUAGAGUCAUCCCGUUCCCGAUCCCGAUCCCGGUUCCCAAUUCCCCAUCCCACGGACCCGCUGAGAGAAAAUCUUAUGGAAUCAUAUUGUUCUAUGAUUUUUAAUUUUUGAUGGCGAACACAUGUAAUUUAAAAACACCCACAAACGAAACUCGCACACAUAAAUACACAUCUGCACACACUGGAGAAAAAUAUGUGAGCCAGAUAAUCUGCAGAACAAGAACCCAGAACCAGAACCACAAACCCAAAAAAAAUUUAGUUUUUAAGUAGAUACGACCUUUUUUUUUUUUUUUGGUAUGUAACAAGAGCGAGCGCCCAAAACCAAACAUAGAAAAUGGAAGAAUCGACGGAAUGUAACUUGUAAUUUCUUUUCUAAUGACCAUAAGCCUUCGCAAGUAGGUGCCAGUAUGCUAUCCCCCCAAAUUGCAGUGACAAUUCAGUAAAAUAAUGAUACAUGUUUGGAGUCUCUGCCGUCUUCCAUGUAUAAUCUUCGUCUAUAUCUUUACCAUUUGCAUGUAUCCGAUCCUUAUCGUCAAUGUGUCCCUGUAUAUAGUUCCAUAGGCCCUCCUUCUAGAUCACUUUUCCAUCGGGGACUCUGAUCCUGUAAUAGCAAUAGGAAUUAAGAUAGCAACUAUCUAUGUAAAAGCUAACGAAAUGAUUCAUGUAAUUGUACUUGUGCUUGUAUAAUGCACGUGUUUUGGAAACGAAAAUUCAUAUUGUAUAUUUCAUUUAAAUUUUGGGUUCUGAUUUCAGUUUAUUUUGUGUGUGUGUGUGUGGGCAGGUGGGUGGGUGUUCUUAGGGAUACGUGUAUGUCCUUGUAUAUAGAGGCGGUCAAUAGAUUCGUAUCUUUCCCCCGACUUACCCGAUUUCCCAGUCCCUAAGUUGUUAUGUACACUCGCAGGAAAUGUCAUUUCGUUUUGUGUAAAUUAGUUUUUUUUUUUUUUUGGAAAGCGAGUAGAAAGCAAAAAAAAGUUAUCACAAAAUAUCCCAAAUUCUUUCUAUAUAUAUAUAUAUAUACACACGAAAAAAAGAUGCAUCAAAAAUACAUAUACAAAAGGGAGAAACAUUUUUUUUCUAUACUUAAUUUUUAGCAUUUAAUUGAGAAAUAAAUCACACGAGGAGAUAAAAAAGAAAUGUAUGAAAAUAAAAAUUGAGAAAAAAAACAAACGAUUCAAAUAAAAAGAAGUUUUUAAUUCAGUGAAAAAAGUAAACACAUACAUAUAUAUAUAUAUAUUAACACCUCUAUAUAGAUGACAACCCUGAUAUGAACAAUUUAUUUGCAUAUAUGAAUAUAACACACACACCUAUAAAUAUAUAUAUAAAUUUAUAUUUUAACACACCACCCGAUGGGAAUGAGACGUAUUUGAUUUUUGUCCAAUCUGAUCAAAUCGCCCAAGUUCUAGCAGAUGCAUUUGGCAUAUUAGCAAUUAAUUGUUGACCUUUUGUUGUUACUUAACGAGGGCAUUAACUAGACGAACGACGACGAUGAGGACGAGGAAUAGGAUAGCAGGAUAGCAGGAUAGCAGGAUAGCUGGAUAGCUGGAUCGAGGAGUAUGUAACAUAUAGCGAAAACUUUUCUGAAACGUAAAAGCAAACGAUCUUAGCCUUAAGCGCCUACCGCUAAACAGAAAAACUUUAAAGCAACGUUACGUGUGGAACGUAAUGCAGGAACUAAUAAUAAUAACUAUUAUAAUUAAAAAGCAAAAAUCAAGGGGAAACAAUUUGGGCUGGCAGAAAGAGUGGAUUGAUAUAAAAAGCAUUACAUUUACAUGACUCCAUUUUGGCCCCUUUAGCAUUCACUACAUAUAUACAACACUUUUUAGUAAGCCUAUAAUUAAUGAAGGAGAACAUAAAAACAAAAAUCGAAGGAAACCAA